GUUUAUGUUAUUGUUUGAGAAAUGAAAAAUGAAUUAUGAAUGUCUUAAAUUUUGAAUGGAAAAAAAUCUUCCAGACGAAAAUUGCAAUGUCUAAAUUUUCCCAGACUCCAACAGGGAAAAGUUCUUUUUCUUGGUUGGUCAAAAGAAAGACUCUUAUAUUGAUUAAAAUUAAAAGUGUUGGAGCAUGGCUGUAGCCAAUGACCAACAGUUUUGUCUUAGAUGGAAUAAUUUUCAAGCAAAUAUAACAUCACAAUUUGAAACCUUGAGGGAUGAUGAAGAUUUCACUGAUGUGACUAUAGCAUGUGAGGGCCAACGAUUGCAGGCUCAUAAAGUCGUUUUAUCGGCUUGUAGUCCAUUUUUCAAAGAACUUUUUAAGACAAAUCCAUGUUCUCAUCCUAUCAUCUUCAUGAGAGAUGUGGAAGCUCGUCAUAUCAUUGCAUUAAUGGAAUUUAUGUAUGCUGGUGAAGUUAAUGUAGCCCAAGCACAUCUUCCUGGCUUCCUGAAGACUGCAGAGUCAUUGAAAAUUCGCGGUUUAACAGACACUUCUUCCAAUGUAAAUAAAGAUGAGGAUUCAGUGUAUCUCAAUCACCAUAAAAAUGAAAUAGUCAAACAUAAAUUAGACAAACCUCCUACAUCACCUUCGAGUACUGUAACCUCUAGUCAAGAUAUAGCUGAUAGCUUGCCAAAUAUUGAUAGUCCUCCUAAGAGAUUAUGUAAGUCUGAGUCUGAAAUGCCUAGAUUAAAUAGCAAUGAGGCUAUCAAUCCUUUUGCCAUCCUUGAGAAUCACCUCCAAAUGGAUUUAUCAAAAACUCUACAGCCCAAAGUUGAACUGCCUGAUUAUCUUAGUGAUGAUGGAGAUGAUGAUACUAAAGAAGAUCAGGAGAGUGAUGGUUUGUCUAGGUUUUAUGCUUCUGCAGAUAUAGCAGAAUUACCAGGUGGCAUGGAAAUAAUUCCCCAAGUAUCAGGAUUCAAUGGAAAGGACAUAGUGAAACAAGAAUCUCUUGGACAGGGGAUACAAUUUAGAAGAGGAUCAUCUGAUGGUUGGGAUCCGUUCAGUAGUGUCCAAUCGAAUGACUUGAUGGAUGAUUCUCCAGACAUAUCUUCCAUAUUACGAUUUAGACAGGAGGGAGACAGAAGGAAUAGACUGAUAAAAUUGGCAGACGGUAUAGAAAUAUACGAAGAUCAAUUACGCAGUGUCAAGUGGAGCGAUUACAGAAAACUAACCAGGGGUUUAGCUACUAUUUUGUUCAGUCCCGCUGAGUUGGCAACUUGUUCUGUUACCGGACAAAGAUGGAGCAGAGCUGGCACUUGCGAGAGACCAGUGAAACCAGCCUUAGAUAGGAACAAAGUACAAGCAAUAAUAUCAUAUGUAGCUACGAGGUUUCCCUUAGUAGAGAUAAGUAGAAUAAAACAAGUUCUGGCAUAUAAGUGCAAAGAAAACUCUACAGCUCUCAAAAUGAAAGCAGUUCGAUAUUACAGUGAACAUAUGAACAAGUGAAAAUAUCGGCUUGGCUGGUAGUACCGUUGAAAUAUUUAAUAUUUGUUACAAAAUGUUGGUUUUUAUUUAUUUAUUUUCAAAAUAUUCAGUUUGUUUGUAUUCUUUGUUUAGUAUAACCAUGUUUAUUGAAGUUUGUACAUAGUAGGUGUAGUAACUUAUUCAUUAUUUGUUUUGAUGUGUUAUCAUUCACUUUGUUUUUGUUUGGAAUUUUUAAUAAAUUGUUUUACUGGCUCAUUUACUUCCUUCCUGUAGUAUUAAGGAUUUAUGGAAAAUGAUUUUUGUUCUCAACAGACCAGGUUAGUAGGUUCAAUCAUCGAACAUCAACUUAUGGUCAU